ACUUGAGAAAUUCCCCGCGCAUAUAGCAUAUGAAAGUUAAAUUUGUGUGAUUUAUCGUUUGUUGGUUUUUACAGUGGGUAUUGGACUAAAUAGAGCAGUUGGGGUGCGAUAAACUUAACCGCUUGCGAUCACUUGAAUUUGUGUGAAAUAAUAUUUAUAAUAAUUCAUUAUUUCGUGGAAUCAUUGGAAUGAGAUUGGGCAUUCUAUCCAGUGGGAUUGACACAAUUUUGGAGAUGGUGAACCCGAGUUCAUAUACUAUCGUACCAAUGCACGAGCGUCCCGAUUUGCUCAAGGAAACCUCCAGACUCAUCAACUCACAGUGGCCUGCCAGCGAGCGCAGACGAUUACGAACUCUUGAAGCAUCAUGUGAUAAUUUCCCGAUCAACUUGAUUCUUCUCAAAGACGACAGAGUCAUCGGUCACUGCAGAAUGUCCAGGAUGCCCUCUCAAGAAGACAGUUGCUUCAUGGAAACUUUUGUCAUUGAUCGUGAACACAGGUCUCAAGGUCUUGGCUCAAAGCUUCUGCAAGCAGCUGGAGAACUCAUGUCCAAGAAGGGAAUAAAGAAUUCAUUCCUCUCAACGAAAGGUCAAGAACAAUUUUAUUCUAAAAACGGAUACAAGAUCUGUGAAACUGCGGAUAUAAUGGCGGGUUGGGAUCGAGUGCCUCCACAACACCCACAACUGCCAUUCAAAAAAACAAAUUUAUUGUCUAAAUUUUCGACUGCAGCGCCAGCACCAGCACCAGCACCGCCACCACCACCACCACCAAUGCCCAGGAAUCGGUUUAUUGUGCCGCAAACAGUGCUACUAUACCCUGGAAGAACUCACAUGCUGAAACGUUUAUAGCAUUGUUAAAAAUUA